AUGUCCUUUCCGUCGCGGACGCUCGACCCCCUCGCGCGCUCAAGCUCUGUCCGCGCCCGCCGCGAACCGGCCUCCUCGUCGUCCCUGCACUGCUGCUGCGGCCGCCCCGACUGCAUCCUCCUAAAGCGAAACUGCUCCAUCCUCGAGUCUGUCGAAAAGGAUGUGCACACCGCCGCACAGCUCGGCCAGGCUUUGUUGGUCCGGCACGAGGCCUACAUGGCCGAUGCCGAGCGAGACCGCAUCGAGCUGAACACCCGCAUACACGAAUUGGAACUGGCCAAGCUGGACCUCGAAUCCAUCAACGCGACCAAGAUUGAAGAGAACCGCAACCUCCUCGACCAGCUCGAGGCCCUCAACAACACCGUCUCCGACUCCGACACCAGGGUAAAAAGCCUCGAGGCCAGUUUGCUCUCGUCGCAACAGAGCGUGCGUCGCCUGGAAGCUGCUGCUGCGCGCGCUGCCGAUGCCGAGCGUCACAUAGCCGUUCUGGAAGACGAGCAGAAUAAGCUGCAUGAGGACCUGAGGUCGAGCCGGGAAGAUGCUCGCUCCCACGCGCAGCGCUUCAAGGAAGCCCAGCGCGGGCUCACUGAUAUGCAGGACCAGCUGGAGCGCAUGGAAAAGGAGGCACGCCAGGAGCGUGAGCGGCACUCCGAGGUGGUGGAGCGGAUGGAGCGGCAGCGCGAGAUUGACAAGCAGCUCGACAUGGCAGCUGGCCGCCUGAAGGGUGCCGCCGCCAGCAAACAACUCCAGGAACCCAAGAGCAACAACAAGAUUGUCGGCCACUUUGUACGCGACCUUCUCGAGGAUAACGCGAAUCUCCAGGUCGGCAUCGCGGAGCUUAGGGAAAUGCUCCUCAAUUCCAACGACGAGAUCCAGUCAUUACGAGAGCAGCUCAUGUUUCAUCAACCUGUCGAGCACGAGCAGACCCAGGAAUCCGGCUCCAUGUCGACGCUCAAGGCCGAGUUGGAGCCCAGCGACGCGAAGAAGCGGCUGUCUCAGGAGUUGCACAUCCAUCAUCACUACCACGUUACCCCCAAGUCAGAGGCGAAGAAGCCAAAGAAGCGGCGGCAAGGGCUCUUGUCCGGCACCUCAACACCGCCAGUCUUUUCAGCACCCUCCUCUCCCAGGCGGCCUGGUAAAUGGGGCGGCAUCGCUCCAUCUCCUACCGCGCCUGCUCUCUUGUCGCACACGGACGAAGGCGACAUGACGCCGACCAUGCCCAAGGCUCGCAACUCGUGGGCCGGUUGCUCGAAUCCGCCCUCCGAGUUCUCGUCAUCUGCCCCGAGCUCACCGCCGUCGGCCCAUCGCCACGCCGUGUUCGACACGAGCUUUGGCGACUCUGAUGCUGUUCAAUCACCAACGACGAGCUUCGACCCCAUGUCGCCCACCUGGAGAGCAUCGCAUAGCAAGCGAACGUCUGUGGCGUCUUCUCGAAGCUAUCAUUCCAUGGCCACGUCGCUGCUGGACUCUGUGCCGGACACACCAUGUGGAAACCCGGCUACUCAUCGCUCGCACGGAGACCACACGAUUCACGAGGAGGAUGAGGAUGUCGAGGAUCUGCCGCCUCUGGACGACAGGCCAGCGCUGGUUGUUGAGACUGCGCCGGCCGUGCAGGAAUCGGCGAAUGAAUUCGACUCAUUCUUGGAGCAUCCGAUAUCCCGACCACCGCUCCGCAGAGCUCCGUCGCACGAGUCCAUCAUGUCUCUCACGGGAGGACUCGAGAUUCACACGCUCAAGGCGAGACCCAGUCAGAUGACUCUCCGGCCCAUUGGCGGAGCCGACGUAGUCGUCACGGGCGUCACGGCCCAACCGACGCUGUCUCGGGCCAGCGGGAAACGCAGCGACGCCGCCCUCCGAGACCACUUUGUUGGCUUCCAAACGCCGAGGUCCGUGUCCAGCCCUAUGGCAGCGGCCACGUCGCCGGGAGCCUCGCCGGCGCCGCGGUCCCGCCCGUUUGGCAAGUGGGCUGGAUGGCGACCAUGGGGCGCCUCAAGUCCCAGCGCGCCCAGUCCCUCGCCCAAGACUGCCGAACGGGAUCGUGAUCGAGACGUCAAUCGUCCACCGGGUAUCAACCAAGCUGGGGCGAUUCCAGGGUUUCAGCAGUACUGGGCCGCGCACAAGCGCAAAGGUGCCCCGGCGAAAGUAACUGCCGAGACGAUCGAUCGCGACGCGCUGAACGAAGGCCUGCGGGAGUGA